AGAACAGUCAAUCAUGGCGACUCUCAAAAGCCAGGAAAUGGAUGGACAAUUGUCUUACAACGCAUGAAGGCUGCAAGAAGGAUAUUUCCGGUUUGCCACACAGAGUAUUGGAUCUGCGUGAAUUCUCAACUGUCGGAAAAAUCAAACUUGUUGAAACAGAGGGGAUGAAGGAUAUGUAUGCCUGCCUGAGUUACUGCUGGGGUACAGAUAACAACUUCGUCACAACCCCAAACAAUCUCCCUGUCUUCAUGACCGGCAUACCAUGGCCCGACUUACCUCAAACGUACAAGGAUGCGGUAAUUGUUGCCUCAAAGCUCGGAAUCCAAUUUCUGUGGAUCGACGCACUAUGUAUUAUGCAAGGCAACAAAGAGGACCCGGAGAGCCUCAAGGAGUGGGAAGAGCAGUCGAGUUUGAUGAGCUCCAUUUAUGGUAACGCAACUUUGACAAUCGCAGCAACCAACAGUAGAAAUACCCAUGAAGGGUUUCUGGAUAAAUGCAAGCUCGUAGAACCGCCGCUAUCGAUACCUUACGAUCAUACCUGGCUCCAAACCGAACCUCCUGAGAUUGACCACAGUCGCUCCGACUCAUGGUCUUCUAAUUUUUUGAGAGAACGAGCAUGGUGUUAUCAAGAGUAUUUUCUGGCACCAAGAGUUCUUAGCUUUGGAUACGAAGAGAUUGCCUUUGACUGCAACGGAGGUGGUGUUUGCGAGUGCGGGCAAUAUCCUUCGGAGUACGACAAGAGACGGGAAAAUAUGAAAGCCCGUGAUGCUCGUCGUAUAUCUUCCAUCGGCAUUUCGGACUCUCUAAGCUCGGUCUGGACUACAUUGGUAACGGAAUACUCUCAUAGAAGGAUAACCUUUCCCGAGACUAGGUUGACCGUGUUGUCUGGCAUAGCCCAAAUGUUCCAACAGAAGACAGGAACCGAUUAUCUGGCCGGACAUUGG